AUGAGUCCCCCCCGCCCUGCCUACGUGGAGUCCAUCGACGAGGACUCGGGACGGACGGUGAAAGGCUCCCGACGAAGCGCAAAGGAAAAGUCCAAGGAAAAGAAGCAGCGAUCCGACAAGUCCAAAAGGAGCCCUCAGGUCAAUUACCUGCCCGCUCCCCCUCCCCCUCUUAAAGAGCGAGCGGUGAGAGAGAAGAACAUCCAGGUCGUGACCGAACGAGAAGUGAAGCACGAGAGACGCAACUCAACCUCGAGCACUAGCCCUCUCUCCCCGCGAAAGCAUCAGCGUCCACCACUCGCCCACGAGAAUAGUCAUCAAGCGGACAAGAAAACAAAGGACGAUCCAAGUCAUUUCGGCCGCGUUCAAUCCGUCCCUCGACCAGCCCUUCCAGUGCUCUCGCAAUCAAUGCAGAAUACACUCGUCCACCCUCAGCCUGCCCGGCCUCGUGCGGCAACCUCGAAUUCAUAUCCACGACCGUUGAGCUUCCAUGCGACUCAAAAUGGCGGUCCUCCAUUGUCCAAUUCGGCAUGGGCCAACUACCAACCAACCCCAACUUAUACCUAUUCAUCCUCACCCAACUAUUCCCAAACACCGCAGUACCCGCAGUACUCUGCUCCUACUCCACCGCCUGGGUCAGAUUAUUUUGGUGCUCAACCUUUGUCUCUGCCUGAGAGACCGGUAUCCACGAGACCGUUGUCGUCCAGAUUUGAAGCCCCUGCUCGAACAGCAUCAGGAUUUGGCAUGAGGGACCCCUUGGCACACGAGUUCAACCCUUCUUAUGACACAGGGUAUCACGAUGAUGGAUACGCUUCGUCCAAUAAUGGUGCCGUGGUGAAGAGGAUUAGCAUACGGGAGCCAUCAAGACCCAAAAGAAUGAGUAGAGACUAUCACGAUUCUCAAACGUAUCACGAUUCUCAAGACUAUCACGAACCUCAAACAUAUCAUGAUUCUCAAUCAUAUCACGAUUCCCAAACCAUGCCACCGCCACCACAACCACGACCCAUUCUCCGCCGACCCUGGACGGAGCAGGCAACAAAUGGGGAGUACCCGCCGCAUGAUUCCUAUAGAGAGGACCGGGAUGAACGAAGUGAGGAACGGUCGAUGAUCAGAGAUCCAUCCCGGCCGCGACGAGCAAGUACACGUCGAAGGAAGUCCAUGGUAACAUACGAACUCCCAGACCCCCAUGACCAUGACGAAGACCAUGAACCAGUGCGGGCGCCACGUACUCGCCGUUCUGAUUCACUUCGGCAACCGAAACACGCUUACGACGAUAUGGUCACUGACCUGGCGGAAAUGAACAUUGAAACAGCCAACAAUAGUCGCCGAAGAAGAUCAAGCGUUUAUGGAACAUCUACAACACAUUCGGAGCCAAAGGCCUCUACGAAACAGAGUGGUUACGAGGACAAGAUUCGUCAGGCCGCUAACUACCAAGAGGAUGUCGCCGGACCCAACAUACCGCUGACUGCUGAGGUUUUGAAAAAGCAGGAAAAGCAACGUCGCAAGGCUGGGAGCAGUCAAAGCACCAAGAGUAGUCACAGUCGGGAUGAAAGUGAUUAUAAGAAAUCGGUCACCACAAGAACCACGAGGAGCGGAAGUGGUGACAAUGAUGAAAAUUUAACAAUCAAACUCAAGGGUACCACGCGGUUGAUCGUUGGUGGAGCACAAAUUGAGUGCGAUGGCGGUGAAAUCGAGAUCAAGCGGCAGGGUAGUAUGAGAAAUGGCAGCGAACGGUCGAUUUCUGAAUAUGGAGGCCCAACUCGAGGACAACAACAAAUUGAUGACCGACGCAGCCGAGUUCAUCACCAAAUUGAGGAUCGGAAAAGCCGAGUCAAUCAACAGAUUGAGGAUCGACGAAGCCGAGUUGAACCAAUUGACGACCGACAAAGCCGAGUCAAUCAACAAAUUGAGGAUCGACGAAGCCGUGUUGAACCAAUUGACGACCGACAAAGCCGAGGUGAUCAACAAAUUGAAGAUCGACGAAGUCGACCGGAUCACGAAGACCGACGGAAUCGACGAAAUCGAGUUGAUCACGAAGAGCGAGUUGAUUACGCAGACCGACAUUAUGAAGACCGACAUUAUGAAGACCGACAUUACGAAGACCGACAUUAUGAAGACCGACGGAGUCGAUUCGAUCAUGACGAUCGACAAAGUCGACAUGACCAUCCCAUGAGCCAACCAAGGCAAAGGGAAAGUUCUCAACACUCUUAUACACGAUCUCUCAAAUAUAAUGGCGACAACUACUUUUGA